AUGCCUUUCUGGGCAGUCAUGUCAUGUGCCGCUCGUGCCCUGCCACUCGUGCCCUGCCACUCAUGCCCUGCCUGCCAUUCCUCCUACUCUCACCCACGCACACCUCCUUUACUUCAUUUAAUUUGCUCCUACUCUUACCCACCGCAUGCCUCCCCCAGGAAGCUCUACUCCAACCCCAUCCCUGCCUCUUUCUCUUCACGUCAACCCACCCCCACCGCAUGCCUCCCGCAGGAAGCUCUAUUCCAACCCCAUGGGAGGGUCGCUGCCGGAGUCCUACUCGCAACUCAAGAACCUCACCCACCUGUACGCCUCCUCACCCACCUGUACACCUCCUCACCCACCUGUACGCAUCCUCACCCACCUGUACACCUCCUCACCCACCUGUACGCCUCCUCACCCACCUUUACACCUCCUCACCCACCUGUACGCCCCCUCACCCACCUGUACGCCUCCUCACCCACCUUUACACCUCCUCACCCACCUGUACGCCUCCUCACCCACCUGUAUGCCUCCUCACCCACCUGUAUGCCUCCUCACCCACCUGUACGCCUCCUCACCCACCUGCAUCUGGAGGACAUGGGUCUGUCAGGCCCCAUUCCUGACUCAUGGGGCAACAUGGAAAAUCUGCAGUACUUCACAUACACUGUCUCUCCCGCCUCCCCCCCCUGCCAGCCGUUUGAGUCGCAACGAUAUUUCAGGGGUCCUCCCCACCUCGAUGACUCCAUCUAUCGCAAUCCGUUGCUGGAGGGCAAGCUGCCGCCCUGCUGGGCCACCGUCCAGUCCCUCGGCACUCUCUCCCUGCUGGGCACCAAGCUGCGCUGCCCCGCGCGCCCCGCCGACUCCUGCUGCCCGGGGUGCCUUCAGAGCGACCUGCCCUUCUGCUCCCUCCUCUGCCCCGACUUCUGCCAACAAUGCAAACCACCCCGUAACCCCCUCUCUUACUGCCAACCACCGUCUGUAACUGCUCCUUACCACAUCACCUCCUCCUCGUCACAUCACUGCCCCAUUCUCCAGGGGACCAUCCUGCAGCAACAAUGCUCACUCGUGUGUUACCCCCCACCACCCCGUUUGUGCCAUCCACCCUCCUCAUCUGCCCUGCACUGCCCGCCCGCCAGUGCUGUCUCCAGCAGGCAUAGCAGGCGUGGUGGUGGGGAGUGUGGUGCUGCUCGUAGUGCUCUACGUAUGAUCCAAAGGGUGCAUACCGACAGAAGCACAGACGAGGUUGCUCAUCUCCCCUCCCCUCUCUGCUUCCCCGAGCUCUCCUCCUCCUCCCUCCCUCCCACUGUGCUCCCCCGCCCUCUGUGCCCCCCCCUACCCUCUCACCCCCUUCCUCCUCCCCUGCAAGCAGCGUGGGAGAGGGAGCUGCAGCAGGGCUUCAGGAGGUACACGUGGAGGGAAGUUAUGGAGGCGACCAACCAGCUGAGCCCCGACAACCUUCUCGGCAAGGGCGGCUUCGGCUCCGUGUACUGGGGCGUCAUAGGCGGGUCCCAGCAGAGCGGGUGGAGCACAGGGGUGUGGAAGCGAGCUGAGGCCAGCUGGAAAGCAGCAAGCAGCGGCAUGCACAAGGGGAGUGGGAUGAGCGGAGGGAGUGGGACGACGAAUGGGGGGAGUGGCACAAGUGUAGGGAGUGGGACAAGUAAGGGGAGCGUUACGAGUGCAGGCAGCAGGAACAUUGCUUCUGUUGCUCCUGCGGACGGCAGUGCCCCAGGGGUGGGCGGCAGUGCUCCCAAGGUGGGCGGCGGUGUGCGUGUGGUGGUGGGCGGCGGCAUGGAGGUGGCGAUCAAGCGAGCAGCUGUUGUGGAGCGAUCGUCCAACGUCGCCACCAUGUUUGAAGAAGAGGUGAAGGCGGUGUCCAAGUUGAGCCACAAGAACCUCGUGCGCCUCCUCGGCUACUGCAACGAGAACAACGAGCAGUUUGUGUGCAACGGCUCUCUGAGCCACCAUCUAUACGUUCAGUACCACAAGCACCUGCUCACCUUCGAGGAGCGGCUUCUUGAGUCGACUCAAAAAGUCAUCCCCCACCCCCUCCCUCUUAACAGCGACCAUCUGUACGCCAAGUUCCACGGGCACCUGCUGACCUUCGAGGAGCGGCUGGACGCUGCUUUGGGGCUGGCGGAGGGGCUCAAGUACCUCCAUUAUCAUGCAGAGAAGCCUAUUGUGCACCGCGACAUCAAGCCCUGCAACGUUCUGCUCACAGAGGAGUACCAGGUGGGUGGAAUGCGCUACGGCGUGCUGCUACUCGAGAUGGUGACGGGGCGGCCAGCCACGGAGAGUGACCCAAACGACCAGAGCUGCCUCAGGCACAUCACCUCCUGGGCGGUGCCGUACAUAGAGCGAGGGGAGAUCCGAGAGAUAGCGGACGCGCGCAUUGCCUCGCCGCUCAACCUGCCCUUUCUGCUGCAGAUGGCGCGCACCGCCGCCCUCUGCGUGCAGCUGCCGUCCUCCCGCCGCCCGGACAUGGCUGAGGUGGCGCGCGUCAUGCUGUACGCCCGCCGCACCUUCCAUGCCGCCGCCGCCGCCGCCGCUGCCGGCGCCGCUGCCCUCGCUGCCACUGGUGGUGCUGCUGGUGGGGAAGGGGUGCAGGGAGGGGAAGCGGGAGGAGAAGGAGGAGCAGGAGGAAUAGGAGGAGCAGGAGGAGCAAGAGGAGUAGGAGGAGCAGGAGGAGCAGGAGGAGCAGUGGGGGCAGGAGGAGCAGGAGGAGCAGGAGGGUCUGUGGGACUGGCAGCUCAUCUCUCAAGAGGGAUUCGAGGUGUGGCAGGGGCGCUGGGUGGGAAGGGGAGCCCCCGAGGAGCAGACGUGGGGAGGAGUGGGCUUGUGGGUGCCAGCGGCAGGGCGUUGGGGAGUGAGAGCAUGAAGAGAUGGGUGCAUUACUUCGGCGGCGGGGGUGGAGGGCGGAGCAGGCAAGAGAGUGAGCAAUUUGAAGAGAUUGUCCCAGAGACUGGCUCAGUGAAGCCCGACAGUGGAUAUACGGUUACCACUGGUAACACAGCAACCAGCGACUCUGCUAGUGGAGAUAGAGACGUACCGUGA